AUGCGAAACGCCUCGUCCCCCGGAGGUUCGACAUUCGUGGAACCCGAAAACAACCAGCAGCAGCGGUGUAGUCCCCAAGCGCGUCCCGCGCAGUACUCGCACAGCCCGCCAUCAGGCCUGCCCGACGGGUGCAGACAGGGACUGGACAUCGCCGCCGACCCGCUGUCACCGCGCACCCCUGGAGCACCCGACAACGUCCUUUCGCUGCCGCGAGACACGGAUGCCUCUGCGCGCGGUUCUGGUAAUGCGUCCCGGUUGCCCGACGACACGAAAAGGCUCAUCACGGUCACCGCACUCGCGCUCGCAGUAGUGUGCGCGUUCACGGUCCUGUCGCUGAUGCUGCCUUCGACUAAGCCGCAGGGUGAAGUGUCGCGCUGGUGCGACACCAGCGACUGUCGCGACCACGCGGCGCUGCUCACGCGCGGCCUCAACCGUAGCAUCGACCCGUGCCAAGACUUCGACGCGUACGUCUGCUCCACGUGGAAGCCCGACGACCGGUUUCCCAGAGUGGUCCAGACGGCGCUCGACGACCUCAGCAUCGCCUGGCUGGACGGAUUGAUCGAGCUGCUGGAGAAGGGCGCCAAGACGGCCUCGGUGGUGGCGAAACCGCUGGCCAUGUACACGGCGUGCAUCGAGAGCAGCGGGGCAAGCGACGCGGACAGGCGCUGGUUUCUCGACUUCCUCAAAGAGCGCAGACUGUCCUGGCCCGAGAGACCGCGCAACGGCGCCGAGGCGUUGAGCGUGCACAUGGACUUGGCCGCCAACUGGGAGAUGUCUCUGUGGCUGCGCGUCCGUGUGCUCAAGCAUCCGUUUACACCCGGCAGACGGCGGUUCCUCCUAGUGCCUGCUCGCAAGAGUGACGUGCGCCUGUUUACAGCCAUGCACGAGCACGUCAUGGCUAGCGGCAGCUACGCAAGGUACUGGAGACUCAUCUAUCGUUUCAUUGUGGGUCGCGAACCUGGUCCCGACGUUGAGCUCACCAUCAAGAAAAGCGCCGAAAUACAAGGCGGCGCCAUUGCCACAAUGAAUGAGAUGGCUACACGAAGGUCCUACACGAAUGUGUCGCUGUUCCGCAUAUCCGAAGGACACGCGUCCUACGCAAGCGCUGACAUCUGGGUGAAGGCGCUGAGAGACAUCGUGCCACUAUCGGACGCCGACGAAGUGCUCAGCGCCAACACCGUGGCCCUGUUGAGCUUGAGUGACUUUGUGAGGAAGCAUGGCAACGACAUGGCGCUCAUGCAGCUGUCGUGGCAGUUCGUCCAGAUGUACGCGCUCGCGCUCGACAAGGCGCUGCUCGAAGACAUCUUGGGAGGCGCGAAUCUCGCAGGACCGUACUUGGGUCUGCUCUGCGCGGCGCAAGUCGAUGCAGUCUACAACCCCGUCUUGGUGCGUCUCUACAUCGGGUCGCGACUCACCCAGGAGGGCAAGACGAUGGUGAACUCCCUCCUUGGGGUCCUUAAGCAGAAAUCCCUCGACGUCGUGAGCAGGAUGACGUGGCUGGACAAGGCUGGCAGGGAGUUCUUUAGGCAGCAGCUCGAAUCCAGCAUUGUGCACCUGUGGCCGUCGGAAUCCUUCGAUAACGCCUUCGUGGUGGAAAAUCUUUACGCCGGCUGUCCACUGGGUGGGAAAUCAUUCGUGCAUUUCUGGAUAAGCGCACGCAAGUGCCUCAACGAGCUGCUGACCGGAACGCGCCGAGGCGAUGUGUCUGUAAUGCAGCCGAACUUCACCCCUCACCUUAUGGUGUACGACUCGUUCGAAAACUCCGUCGGAAUCGCCAUCGCGGCCCUAGGAAGACCCUUGUAUUCGAUGCGCGGUACUCCGGCAAUGCUUUACGGCGGUCUCGGCUGGCUGUUCGCGGCCUAUCUGCUGAGCGCUAUCGACGAGCACAAGCACUACGUGCAUCCUAACGGAAGCUACGACGAAUCCGGAUCUUGGCUGUCUGCACGGUCCGCCGAAGCCCUCAAAGAAAAGCAACAAUGCGCUGGCACAGUGCGAGUAUCGUCCAUCGUGGGACUGCAGGUUGUGCAUUCAGUCUUCAUGGAGCACCUCCGGAACAGUUUCCAAUUCAACUUGACCAGUGAACUCACCGAAGAAAAGGUGUUCUUCAUGACCCUUUGUCGCUUGUUGAAGUUUCCUUUCGAUUUAGCAGCAACGAGUGUAUCUUACUGA